AUGGCCGCGCCUGAUGACCUGGAGGAGGCCACCGCGGAUCUCAAAUGGCUCGAAGCAGCUAUUGAUCCGGAAGGAUCGGAGUCAUACAGUAACGUUCCUAGCAACGCGUUUCAAGCGCGCCCGGUCGCCUGGGGCGCAGGCGAGGACCCCUUCGGCGGCGCUGGGUGCCUCAACUACCGCGGCCACUUCCUGUCCUGCGUGCGGUGCGAACGCACCUGCUGCGAACCCAGCUGCCCGGCACGCGACGCCAUGGCGCAGUGGCAUGCGACGUACGAGUUCAUAGCGGCGCGGCGCGCGACGGACGGCGUCGCGCGGCCGCGCGAGCGCAUGCAGCGCGACCUGGACUCCUUCAAGACAGUCUUCCACUGCCGGCCAGAGGAGCUGCCGGCCUCAGCGCUGGACGCUGUGUCGGACCCGUCUUUCAUAAACGCCUUCGCCGCGGCGCUCGCGGCGCUGAGCGCCCGCACGGCGGACCCCAGCCGGCCGCACGGGCACCCGCUGGCGUAUGAGCGCGCGGGCAGCCGCUUCAGGCGCAUGGAGCUGCAUGAGAUGGUCCUGGCUGAUGCAGAGAUCGUGGUCGAAGCCCUCAAGGCCAUGGGCAAGUCUGAGCUGGGGCCAGAGGUCAAGGCCCACCACGAGGCAGCACUCACGUUCAUGAAAGCAGUGGUAAAACGCAUGACAAAGAACCCCGGCCUCAUCCGCAGCCGCUGCAUCGUGGCGCGCCACGAGGCGGCGUCGGCGCACGACCCCAAGCAGUUGUGGAAGUGGGACACCCGGGACUACUGCGAGGGCGGCACCACCAACCCCCAGCCCGCCGCGGGCGUAUCCACGGUCUUCUGCCGCCUGCCCUUUGGCAUCGAGGGCCGCAGGAUGGCCAAGCUCCUCGGCGAGCUUGAGCGGGCGCUGUGCGCCAAGUUCAGCCUGCGCGUGCCGCCCGGCGCGGCGUCGUGGCGGCUGCCGGCCAAUGCGCAGGGGCGCGGGGCGAAUGAGCUCCUGGAGGCGCUUAGCGAGCAUGAUGAACGGGUCGUGCUGCACCGAUUUGAGGGCGCGGCCGGACUCGGCAAGGCGGCGCUCGGCGGCGGGAGGCACGCCGGCUGGGCUGCAGGCGCGGCCGGCGCGGCGGGGGGCGGCGGCGCAGCGGCGCUGUGGUUAGAGCUGACAUCCAUGGAGGACGUGCUGCUGUACGGCGACGUGCUGAGGAUGGUGGUGCUGCUGCCAGUCAUAGACCUUGAGGAGGUCAAGACAGUGCUGGCCGAGUGCAUGACGCCGUAUGAGACCGGCAUGAUGUCGCGCGUAGAAAUCUAUAGGGGCAUCGUCUACGUGGUCGCCCACGACGAGGAGACCAAGCGGCCCGCCGGCCUGCCAGAGGCCACCCUGCUCGUGCUGCGGCGGCUGCUGGCCCGGCGCCCGCGAGAGCUGCCGGCCGAGCCGUCGGCUGGGCAGCCGUCGCAGGGGGCCGCCGGCAGCAGCGGCGGCGUCGGCAGCAGCGGCGCCGGCAGCGCGGCUGCUGCCGGCGGCGGCGGCAGCGGGCUAGCAGGGCCCGAGGGACAGGCAGAGGCGGAGGCAGACGCUGAGCAAGCGGAGCUGACGCUGACUAGGCGCACUGGGGGCAAUCCGUCAGACAUGCACGCGGCCCUCUCCACCUAUUGGCAGCUGCGGCUGGGGGGCGUCUUGGUGGGGAAAGCGCUCCUGAGCUACGAGAACUCUGAACUGGGGCGCUGGGGCCCCGCGCUGGAGAUUAUUGAGGUGGUGCCGGCCCUCAGGCGGCGCGGCCUCGGCGCGCUGCUGCUGCGGGGGCCCAUAUUGCAGGCGGCCUACGUGACGGGCUGCGCGGACUGGUUCAAGCGCCGCGGCUUCCUCUUCAUAGACGAGCCGCUCUGCGAGGAAGCUGUGAAGCAGCUGGAGCCCCCGCAGCCGGCCUGCAGCUGCGGGGCGUGCGUCGAGGGCGUGCUCUCCACGCGCAUGCUGCGGAAGCUGUGGUCGCAGGCGGGCACGCGGCGGGGCCGCGUCGCGCUGGCGUACAUACACGGCAUGGCGCAGGCGGCGGGCGAGUUCGCGCAGCUGCUGAAGGGGCAGCUGGCACUGCCGCCUGGCGAGCGGCGGGCGUCCGCGCUGCGCCCUGAUGCCGUCAUGGCCGCACUGACCGCCUCCGACGGUAGCGAGUAUGCGUAUGGCCUCGGCGGCGCCGACACCCGCCGGGCGUACCUGGCUGCAGGCCCCAAGCUCGCGCUGCUGAUGGGCGCACUGAUAGACACCACGAAUCACCUGGAUCAGGACGGCAACUACGAUUUCUCGGAUGAGGAUGAGGAUGAGGAUGAGGAUGAGGAGGAUGACGGGCGGCCCCGCGGCAGGGGGCCCGCGUGCGCCAUUGACAGCAACUUUGACGGCGUUAGGCGGCUCCUGCUUGGGCCGGGGUUCCCGCGGGCGCUGCAUGGGGAGGAGGGAGAGGGCGGGCCGAUGCUGACACAACAAGUGGCUGUAGAGCCGCAGUGA